AUGGCUGGCCUUGCGCUCCUCAUCGUCCUAUGCGCCGUCAUGGCAGUCGCCUCCUUUUUUGCUGGCGCAGUACCCCUAUCGAUGAACCUAUCACAGUCUCAGCUGCGGCUAAUAUCAAGCAUCGGUGUCGGCGUUCUUGUCGGCACAUCUCUAAUUGUUAUUAUUCCCGAAGGCAUUGAGGCCGCAUCGACAGUACCGAUUGCCGCACACGAUCCCAAGACCGGCCAGCUGCUGCGACGAGUGCCGCGGGCUCUCGCCGUCGAGGCGCGCAGCAUCCUGGCGCGUUCGGCCUCGACAUAUGCUCCUACAGCAGCCGGCUGGCAAAUACAGCGAGCGACUGAGGGCGACAUUGUUCGCCGAGCGGCCGCACGCGCAAACGAGGAACCGGCGCCGCCCAAAGAGACGCCUGGCCACACACACCCCGACGAAGAAGAAACUGACAAGCACAACGGCAACGAAGAGGCGCACGCAGACAUUCCAACUCUCGAGAUUGGUCUUUCCAUGGUCCUCGGUUUCAUUCUCAUGUUCCUCAUUGAUCGUUUACCCCAGCACGCCACCGACAGCUUCCAGUCCGCGCCAACGACGCAGCACAUCAGCAUGGACAACCUCGCCGGUGACCGCGCCUCCGUGGACGAGGAGCGCGGUUUCCUCGGCAGCUUUUCCCUGCGCGAGGCGCCCAAGGUCGCGCGCAGCAUGGCCACGACGAUAGGCCUGGUGAUCCACGCGGCGGCGGACGGCAUCGCCAUGGGCGCGUCGGCCUCGUCGUCGAGCAUGAAGCUCGGCUUCAUCAUCUUCCUGGCCAUCAUGAUCCACAAGGCGCCGGCGGCGUUUGGCCUGACCUCGGUGCUGCUGCGCCAGGGCCUGUCCAAGCGCGCGGCCAAGGCGCACCUGCUCGUCUUCAGCCUGGCGGCGCCAGCCGGUGCCCUGACGACGUACAUGCUCGUCUGGCUGCUGGGCGGCGGCGGCAAGAUGGACGAGAGCACGGGGCACUGGUGGACGGGCAUGCUUCUGCUCUUUUCUGGCGGAACAUUCUUAUAUGUUGCCAUGCAUGCCAUGGAGGAGAACAGCUCGAGCCACAGCCACGAUCACGGUCCGCAGUCGAACGGCUACAUGGAGACAAACACGAACAAUCCGCCCAAGCCCAGCGGGCCGGCGCUGCGGGACACGUUGGCGACGACGGCGGGCAUGCUGGUGCCGCUGUUGACACAAAUUGGAGGCCAUCACCACUGA